AUGGCAACUGUAUGCCGUCAUGAUAUCCCCCUUUUCCUCUGCGAUGUACGCACUCCAGGUGAACAGCAGCACUUUUCAAUUGCCAUGCUCCUUGCACUCAACUGCCAACUACCCUCAAACGCCACCAUUGGAUUAAUGUAUGAUGUUGGAUGUGUUCUCGAUCGAUCAAUUGCCAAGUACAAUCUCAUUCCCGAAAUCGCUCCUAGAUUGAGCAUCGCCAUUUCAGUCUUCCAUGCCUAUGCACAUCAAUUCUGUUGUCAAAUCGCAUUUCACCCCAGGAAACGAAAUGGGUUUGGAAAGUCAAACGGGGAAGGAAAUGAGCGGCUAUGGUCCUUAAUUGUUGAUACAAUAGCACCUGAAUGCAUAAUGAGUGUGAGUCUCACCAGGCCAAACACUGUUUGUUCAACAACCCUAUCUUAUCCAAGGUUCUCAGCUAAACGAAUCACAACAAAAUCAAGAAGAUUGCAAUCCGUGGCCGAGACCGUCUUGCUUCAUUGGCAAGGUCCAAACUGGCCACCAUUCUCCGUGAGGAGGUGCUUCUGA